AUGUCAGAUUGCGCGCUGGUGACCAAUGUAAGCGAACACGAUGCGAGCAUGGACGUGGGGAACGACAAGUCUCUAUUCGAGCCCACUGUUGAUAUGAUGGUACAUGAUUUUGAUGACGAAAGAACAUUAGACGAAGAAGAAGCUUUAGCAGCGGGAGAGCAACAGGACCCCAAGGCCGAAUUGAACAGCCUUCAAAGAGAAGGUGAUAUGCCUUUAGAGGAACUAUUGGCGUUAUACGGAUACGAUAGAACCAUGGAUAAACCUAUACCUCAAGAACCAGCUCCUGAAGUGGUACCAGAGGAGCCUGAACUGAAGACAGAAUCGGCACUGCAACAAUUAUACAGUGAGACUACUAGUCCAGAAGCCACACGAUGCCUUAGAUCCGGGUCAAGGCCACCUUCUGAAGAAGAAGAUGACUAUGAUUAUAGUCCUGAUGAAGAUGAUUGGAAAAAGACAAUCAUGGUUGGGAGUGACUACCAAGCUGCAAUACCUGAAGGUUUAUGUAGCUAUGAUGAUGCACUACCAUAUGAGAAUGAGGACAAAUUAUUAUGGAACCCAUGUACCUUAGAUGAAAAAGUAACAGAGGAUUAUAUGAGAAAAAUCGGGGCGAUGAGCUCAACAACAGGAAUUGAUGCUGUACCUCGAGGUAAGCAGCUUAGAGAUGACGAAGAAGCAUUAUAUUUAUUACAGCAAUGUGGUCACAAUGUUGAAGAGGCCUUAAGAAGAAGACGAAUAUCAGCACAAACUCCUGCUCAUGCAAGUCUUUGGUCAGAAGAAGAAUGUCGCAACUUUGAAAAUGGUUUGAAAGCUCAUGGCAAAGAUUUCCAUUUAAUUCGACAGCACAAGGUGAGAACACGGUCAGUUGGAGAACUUGUACAGUUUUACUAUAUAUGGAAGAAAACAGAGAGGCAUGAUAUUUUUGCAAACAAAGCAAGAUUAGAAAAGAAAAAGUAUACCUUGCAUCCAGGUCAUACAGAUUACAUGGAUAGAUUUUUAGAGGAACAGGAAGCAACUGGAGCUGGCAUUGUAAGACCCGUUUCUCCUACCCCCAUGAUGGAUUAUGCUCACUCUGAGCCUGCAACUCAGCCUGACCCUCUUGCGUUAGGUGAAAAAGAGGUAUUUUCUCAACUAAAUGCCCACACACCUCCUCCUAGAGCCCUAUCGAUGGAGGACCAAGAACCUCCUUCAGGUUCCUAA